AUGGGAGAAAGCAUCGACGAAGAUAUCAUCAGGUCCAAUGUUUUGAUCAGUAUCUCACAGCACCAAAUUGUGUUGCGGUUGUGUUCAUUCCCUGUCGAGGUCAUGGGCAGCUUCAUGAGCCAUGAGGAAUCCUGUCAUGGUGAGAACCUUCAAGACCAAACUCAGUGUCAUAGGGUAGAUCCCAAGUGGACAACGUUCCUGACCGUCAUGUUUGCAUCCGGCAAAAUCGGGCGGUUACUCCUUUGGGAUCCCGCUAGUGGGGCUCUGACAGGCCUCCCCACGAAUGACUGCCAUCGAGUUCUCUUUCUGUACAGCCUCAAUGAUGUAUCGCGCAGUCCAGAAUCAACACCUACCCUCGUGUUCCCUGACUCACAUUUCGCCUGCGGAAGACGCACGGCUCUAGCCCGAGAUAUGAGCAAUGCCGCUAAGUUCAAUCCGUUGCCCGCCUGA